AAAUCCGUUUAAAAUGACAAUGCUCUUACUUAUGGUUAUGAUAAUGCAUAUAGCAUUGUUCGAUUUAGUUUUUCCAAAAAGUAUUUUAAUUGAGAUUUGAAAUAGAAUUUGUAUUAUAUUUUCCAUUUAAAAUCUAAUUUCUAUUUGUAAAUGCAUGCAUGCGGAAAAAAUAAAAAGUCAAAAGUAUCCGUUAAGUAAAAAUUCAAUGAAAAUGUGAUGUUAUUUCCUUAUGAAAUAGACAUGCUUUGAUAGAGGAACUAAGAUUUUCCUCAUUGACAUAUGGUUUGGAGGAUUAAUUCAUUCAUUGUUUGCCCUGGCUCAUUAUUUGAAUGGCAUCGUGCAAUGAAACUGUAGAGACGUUAUUCACACAUCGACAAGGAUUUGCUAUAGAUGAUGGAAUGUUGACGACGGUAUUCCUGUUUGUGCUCAUCUUAGCCAACCUAAUCCUGACGAUCCACUUUUAUCUGUCUUGGAGAAGUAGACGAAAAUACCUGCUUUUACCAAGAGGAAUUAAAAGGAAACAGGGUGUCUCUCAAAGGCUACAAGCAGACCCACAAAGAGAAAUAGAUCCAAUCUACGCCGACAUUAGAGAAUCUUACUUUUCCGACACACACGGAGAAAUGUACGCAUGUAUCGACACCAAGCUUGGGGGUAAGAACACCUACAGAAGACUGAAGGACAAAUUUACAUGGCGUGGACGGAACAGAGAUAAGACGAAAACUCUGACAAUGUUGUUUGAUAUGCAUUCACAGGACGUGAAUAGAACGGUCAGGCGGUUAGAAUCUGAAGAGAUUACCACAGAGUGAUGUUAACUAUGAGUGUCUUCUUUUUUAAACAACGAUCAUGAUGGCAUGUGUGGUGCUUUUUCA